ACAUUCCGAAACCCAUCACACGGAUCAACACAAUUCCCCAAUCUCCCUUCAUCACUACCUAUAAAACAAAUCCACAUCAAACCAAAUUUCCAUCCCUCAAAAUCUCAAAUCACCCUCUCAUCUCAGUUCAUCUCCAAUCUCCAUCUUCUCACCGAUUUCAGUUCGAUUUUCUGAGUGACAGCAUGUCUGGGCGUGGAAAAGGAGGCAAGGGAUUGGGAAAGGGAGGAGCGAAACGACACCGUAAGGUUCUCCGCGACAACAUUCAGGGAAUCACGAAGCCAGCGAUUCGGCGAUUGGCUCGCAGGGGUGGCGUGAAGCGUAUCAGUGGCUUGAUCUAUGAGGAGACUCGUGGUGUUCUCAAGAUCUUUCUCGAGAAUGUGAUUCGUGAUGCUGUUACCUACACUGAGCAUGCUAGGAGGAAGACUGUUACUGCCAUGGAUGUGGUGUAUGCUCUCAAGAGACAGGGAAGGACCCUUUACGGAUUUGGGGGUUAGGGUUUUGGUAUUCUAGUUUCAUAUGUUACUGUUUGUCUUUGAUUGUAUGUUGAAAAAAGCUGGCAAGGAUUGUGUUUAUUUGGUUUGAUGGAUUGUUGGUGGUGUCUUUAGGUAAAGAAAGAAAUUAGCAGCAAUUUGCAAUA